GAGGAAAGGCUGCAACCUGGCAGCAAACAAAAAAAAAAAAGAAAAAAAAAGAAACCUAACCCUAUUCCUUUAAUUCACGUAGCAAGAAAAGGGAAAAUCUUUGGAGUCUUUGUUGAAGGAUUCUGUGGCGGCUAUUUGUGAAAAAGCGAGAAGGAGGAAGAAAAUCAUGGAUCUGCCUUUCCAUUCGAGUGAAGCUAAAGGUGUUGGAAGAUAUUUAAUUGAGAGAGAUAGAAGUGAGAACUCAGGUGGUAUUGAAGAGGAUUUCAUUAACUAGAAAGUGUGAUUUGGUAAGCAUAUGGUGAGCCUCGCAUUGCUUCGCGUGGCAAGAGAACUAUUGAUUUGCUAUGCUCAUUGAAGAACAACCCGGCAUCUAACUUCCAGUUCUAGUUUAAUUUGCAUUGUUCCAUGGGUCGCACUAAGCUUGUGAUGAAGAAAAUUGAGGAUCCAACAUCCCGUCAACAGUUCUAUUCAAAGCGCAAGGAUACCAUUCUUAAGAAGUCAAAUGAGUUGGCUGUUUUAUGUGACGUUGAUGUUGGUCUUCUAAUGUUUUCUCCAGCGGGUGAAGUGACCAGCUAUUCUAGCAAAGAAAGUCUUGAGGAUGUCAUGCUCCUUGCUAUGAACAAGGCUGGCGAACUGAACAAGCGAUCUCCUGAAAAUCCAAAUGAACAGCCUUUGACGGAGAUUCUCACACAAUCAAAACAUGAAGGCAAAAUGGUGGAAAAGAUAGCGAUUGUUGAGAGCCAUGAGGAGAAGCUUAAUAAGCUUAAAGAAAGGCUAAGUGAAGCACAACAGAAAAUAAGGUAUUACGAACCACAAGUGGAGAAUAUCAACUCUGUCCAAGAAGCUGAUGCAUAUGAGAAGUUCAUUAGGAGUGCUAUGGAACUAAUUCAACUAUCAAAAGCAAAACUCUUGGGUGGCCAGGAAUUUCUCCAGAGAAAUGAAAAUGUUGCGGUGUCUUCUGUCAACGCAGAGGAUAUGGCUGCUGCAGGAACCAGUAUGGGACGGAUGUAUUGAGGAAACAGGCCGGAUCGCGGCGGGGAAGUAGCUGUGGGUGUCCAACAGCUGCAACAGGAAUUAUGUUAUACUAGUUUAUAGGUUAAGAACUUGGUAGAAUAAAUAACUUCCCCCUAUCAGGCAAGCAAAAGUAUGAAUAAUGUUGCAUUUGUCUAUUGUGAAUGCAACUUUUAGAGUUCUUGUAUGGCAUCAAAACAUAGGUAUUGUGUUUUGAAUUAGAAAACAAUUUGGUUUGGUUUCGAUAAUUUUUGCAUCCUUCUAGUUCA